UCCUGUUUUUCGUGUUGAAUUUCUCGAGUCUUCAUAAAACUUCCCGGGAAAAACAAAAAAAAUCUUUCUUUCUUCGUAGGCUACAUACACGCCAACUCCAAACACUGCUUUCUUCCUCGGCGCUGGUCCCUGUGACCCGAAUAGGUUUGCCCACGCAAUGGUUUACUGCUUUAGAAAAAAUGGAACCCAACGAUAGCAGUUUAAACAACCAUCAGAGUCAAUCUUCAGAGGUUUCGCAUGAUGCCAGAAAAGAGAUAUCUGCCGGGAAAGAAGCUUUUGUAAAUCGCGCUGAGGUUGCUUGGCAUCAGAAGAGGAAAGAGUGGGUAGGUGAUCGGUCUAAAAGAUUGCAGAGACCACCUAGAGAAUCCAUCACGAGCUUGACAAGCAGCUAUGAGGACCUACUUCUAUCUACGGAACCUUUUCAACAGCCAAUACCAUUAGCUGAGAUGGUGGAUUUUUUAGUGGACAUUUGGCACGAGGAAGGUCUCUACGAUUAGAUAUAGAAUUCUGUUGGAGACUUGUUCAUCUGGAACAUCUUUUAAGAUUUGUUACGUAUUGUGGCUGCUACACCAAAGCUUUUUAUAUGCCCAGACUGGAAUGCGUUCUCAUUGUUGAUGAGUGGUCCAAUCGAUUUGAAACACAAGGCUGCAUUCUGUCUGAUUUUAUUCGGCAGUUCCUUGAUAAAAACUGUAGUCGUGUUGGAGAAAUGACCGUCGCUUAUGCUAAUAUAUUUGAGCUUCCAUUUGUGUGCUCAUUCAUCAUUGAAGCGUUUAUUAUAUUAAUUGGUAACAAUUAUGGAUGAAUAUUUUUUUUAUUGUGCUAAAAUUAUAAUAUACAA